AUGUCAAUAAAUGACGAUACAAUCGUGCAAGAGCCAUUGAAAAGAAGACCAAUCCUUCGCCCACGGGGUCGAGCACAAGAACGUUUUCUUAUCAUUAAUCACGAUUGGUUUGUGCCAGCACAAACUUUACGACGUUUAAGCACCAAUCAUGCAGAAAAUGAACUCGAAAGUUUCAUAUUCCCUCAGGAUGAAUUAUUAGAAUCUGAAUGGCAAUUAUUUAUUGAACAUAAAUCAAAUCCAUCACGAAUUCAGAUUGGACUAGUUCUUUUAGAACCACAUAACAAAUGUCUUAACGCUGAUAUUAAAUUAGUAUUGACAACAACUCAUGGUGGUCAAAUAAUUAAAGAACAUUUUUUUCCUAAACAUACGUUUUUUUUAACCAAAGGCGAACCUAUUUCAUCAUUUAUCAAUGAUCAUAUUUCACCAAAAAUAUGUUUUUAUAUCGAAGAUGAGCUCUAUGAAAAUGUUAUGAAUGGUGUGCAACAAGGAAGUCUAUUGAAUACAAAUGAUUGUACGAUUGUUGCAUAUGUUAGAUUUAUUAACGAAUUCGAAAUUGAACCUAAACCAAAAGGAUAUGAUCUUUCAAAACGAUUUACUGCUACUUGGAAGUUAACAAAAUUUCGCCGUAUUUUAGAAAAAAUUAAUCAAGCAAGACCACCAGUUAGUAAUAGCCGUCGUCUUCUUUCGAACCCUUUCAAAUUUGCUCAUUUUAAAGUAAUCGAUGGUUUUACAGUAAAAAAAUGGAAGCUAAUUAUUAAUCGAGCUCAAAAAUCUUCAACUAAUAAACAAUCUCCUUUAUCGUUAACCUUAAAAUCUCUCAAUCCUACUCAACCGAACUAUGGUAAAUUUGAAAUCGCAUGUAAAAAUGAACAUCACAUUCUUCGACGUUAUAUCGAAUCAAUGGAAGAUCUCAAUGAUAGUUACAAUGUGGAAUUCUUUACAUUUGAUGAAUUAUAUUCUCAUAUCUAUCAUUAUAAACCAAAUUUCGAUAACAAUAAUGCACGAAUUGCAAGCGUUGAUUAUCUUUUAUUUUCAAUACAAAUUGUUCAACCAUUACAAGUUUUUGAUGUAUUAAAAAAGAUAAAACGUAUUACUGAACCAACAAUAAUUACAUUGAAUACACUGGGAAAAACUCGUGUUCAAAAUGAAGAAAAUAAACCUCCAGUUACAGAGAAUAGAAGUCCAACUAGUCAAGAAAAUCCAAUGAUACCACGAGAUACUACACGACCAAUCGAUCCUGUUCUACCACCUAUACGAUUUCAAAAUAAAUCGCCAAUGCGUCUUCGAUCAUCAUCAAGUUUGCAAGUGCUGCCGAAUGUAAAAGAUAAUUCUAUUCGAUCAUCACAUUCAUUUAUGAAUAAACCAAUACCAUCAAAUAAACAAUCAAUAGCAAUUCCAAGUUUAAGUUCAACAACAUUAUCGGAUUUAACAGAUAAUUUUACAUUUCUUACAAAUUUAUUUCGGUCUGGUCUUCAUUCCGAUAUAACAAUUCGUGAUCAAGAUCAUCAAUGGGAUUUACAUAAAAGCAUACUUUCAGCACGAUCCAUUUAUUUCAAUCAGUAUUUUUCAAAUUCAAAACAAUCGGUAUUAGAUUUAUCCGAUGAAAAUAAUACAUUAUCACCGAUUAUUCAUGAUAGAAUGUUUCUUUUUCUUUAUACUAAUCAAUAUAAAUUAGAAAAACUUCCUCGGUUAUCUCUAUUUGAAACAACUCGUUUAUUAUUCGAAGCAUCUAUUAAAUUUGGCAUUGAAACACUUACUCGUCAUUGUUUACAAGAUAUGUGUAGUACAAAUAAUUUACAUAUAAAUAAUGCUGCCAACCUUCUAAUUGCUACUGAUCAAGCCACGCAUGGCCUGUAUGAAAAAUAUCAUUCAAAUGAUUACGUAAUGCAAAUAAAAAAUGUAAAACAAACAAUUUUACGUUUUAUUCAAUUAAAUUCGCGUGAAGUUCUGCUUUCAUCACAAUGGAAGCUUUUAGAAAAACAUUUUCCGUUUCUUGUUCAUGAUGUCCUAGAAUUUGUUGUUUUUGAAAAAAUAUAA